UGUGACAUCAUUUACAAGGAAUUGUGGCGUUGUUGUUUUUCUGAAAGAAGCAGAUAGUAUCCUUUUAAAUCCAAAGGAAUCGCGCUGUCAUAAGCCAUAUUUUUUAAAGAGUUCAGAGAGAAACACUACUUUGCUGAAUGAAUAUUCAAAAUUUGAACGUAAUUGAUCCAUUUUCAGAUGCUUCAAGUAAGCAAGGCAAUCAAGAUACAACAAUCCACAUAAGAAUCCAGCAGCGAAAUGGCCGGAAGACAUUGACCACUGUUGCUGGGAUUUCUCCAGAUUAUGACAAGAAAAAAAUAGUGAAAGCCCUUAAAAAGGUGUUUGCUUGCAAUGGGACUGUAGUGCAACACCCUGAACAUGGAGAGGUGUUGCAGUUGCAAGGUGACCAGCGCAACAAUGUUUGCCAAUUCUUUAGCGAUAUUAAAUUGGCGAAAAAAGAACAGCUGAAAGUGCAUGGUUUCUAAACCAAAAGAUGAAUUAUUUUGACCACAUACUUCUUUGUUUAGUUCACAUAGUAAUUAAUAUCCAAGAAGAAAAUAUACUUAGUGGCGUUUGUGCUUUACGUUGACUGUAAUGCUAAAUAUCUAAUUUAUCAUGGAAUGCAAGAAUUAUAACAUGCAACAUAAAUAUAAUCAAUGGCUCGGUGAAGGUGUUAGGUGAAAGAUUAGUUAGUAUUUAUUUCUGUGUAAUUGUUAGCAUUGAAAGACCCGGAUGCUAGAUUGUACAAGCUGCGAAAAACAUGUAGUUGUGGGUUGGCCUGAAGAUGUAAACAAUUCAGUGAUUAUGGAUCCCAAUAAUGAACAAUCUGGAACAAUUAUUGUCUUCCAUUUGCAUUGUUGAAAAUGCCAAUAUUAGCAGCAAUGUAUCUGGAACCUGUGUAUUCAUUUGUAAUGCUGUAAAUUAUAGACAACAUAAGGGGGUUAACAAUAACAAUACUAUAUAACUCUAUAUAUUCUCCUUAUACCCAAUGUAAUUAUUGACUGAAAAGUUUUGUUUUUAGUGAUUAAUAUUGAAAUUCAUUGCUGUCGAAGUUGUGAUUUUAAUAAAGUUUUUCUAUUUGUAUGAUUUAACCUUCAAA